CUGACUCGGCGAAAAGUAACAAGUAGCAGCAGUAAUGACAACAACAACAACAAAAUCUAUUACUUUUUAGGCAACUUCGGCGUAAGGGAUUUCUGGGCACAGUUUUUGGAAGCCGGCGGUAACUGGUACGAGGGUAAAUAUGGUGCAGUAUCUGGUUGGGCGAUUCCACUGUUGCAGUCGCUGGGCAUUGAAACAAGAAGUGGAGUUGGUAUUGACGUGCCAAUAAAAAAAAAAGAAUUUGGAAAACCUAUUGCUGUGAAUAUUGGUGGUGGAGUAGGUCCUUAUUAUCAACAAAUUGAUCAUAUUGGUGUUGACUGGUUAAAUGGAAAAGUGGAAAAAAAUUUUGAUUUUCGUAUACCUUUCCUGGGUACUGGCUUUCGUUCUGGUUGGGAUCUACGAUUUCCAUCAGCGUCGUCAAUAGUUGGAUAA